UCUCCGCACAGGGGCGUGCACGCUUCUGCUCCAUAGCAACAGCUGAGCGUCUCCAUGGAAACCGAUAUGUAAACACUACUGGUGGCUCUCGGGGGAUUUGUUUGAGGAACUGACACUAUGGAAAGCUAGUUCCUCUCGCAGAGGUCGCCGUAUACUUUAGAAUGCCAACAAAAAGUGCCAAAAGCUCCAGAAGUUCCAGUAAAUCUCAUGGCAAAGGCAAGAAGACAAAGAAGUCCAAAAAGAGCAAGACCCCUGCACCAGAGGUGGACAUACUGAGCCCAGCCGCCAUGCUGAACGCGUACUACAUCUCCCAUAAUGCUGUAGAUUGUUUGGAAUACCGAGGCUUCAGCUGGUCCGGAGCACCCAAAAAAAAGAAGGGAAAGAAGAAAGGCAAAAAGAAGUAGAUGAAUUAGCGCCCAUUCCCAGAUCCGUGCAUGCAGCACAUAAAAAAAACGCCAAAUAAGAACUAAUUGUCUGACAAGUGCCAUGUACCUAGUGGCAGCAAACCAUCAUUAUGGAUUUCUAGUCUUUAGGUUGUAGCAAUAAAUUGCAGAUUUUAGUGCCAGUUAUACGGAUACAUUUUUUAACAAAUCUAAAUAAAGACAUCUCUGUUGUGUGUUGCUUAUGA